CCUGUCAUGGCGGGCCGCAUAAAUUCAAUCUGUUCGUUUCCUUGAGUUGUCUUCUAUAUCUUGUUCGUUUGUCAGUAACUUAACUUCUGGGUGGGAUUUUGUUCGUAUUCGAGUUCAACAUAAACGACGGAACGGCAAGUGUUAGAACGAUGGUCUUCUUGUUGUAGGAAACGGUCUUGGAAGUAAUAAAUUUAGUUUUGUAAAACUGCAGAAUGGAUACGCCAGAUGACAACACAGCUGUGAUUCGCAUGAAGCGUGACUUUGAUGCUUUUAUUUCAUCUCAAAGUGGGUCUGCCAGUGGUAGGAUAAAUUUUGAUCAAACCGCCUCACUUGACAUUAGUAGAGGCAGUGCAGUUUCAAUGCAGUCAGUUUUGGAGAAGCAGAAGGAGGACCAGAAGCUACGGGCAGAUUUGAUUGCAGCCAAGGGAUACAUCACGAAGCUUGAGUUACAGCUGGCAGCCGUGGAGGCCAGCAACAAGAGGGCCAGAGUGGAGUAUGACAGAGACUUGGGCCAGGUGAAGCUGGAGCGCAUGAGAGAAUCGGAACAAAUAACUGAACUGAAAAACCAGCUGCAUUUUAUUGCUGAGAGAGAGAAGAGGUUGCAAGAGGAGCUGGAGGAGUGCAAGCAGACACUCUCCAAGACCAAGACAAGCCAGGACCAAAAGCUUCUUGGGUUGCAGAAAGAGAAGUAUAAACUGGAGAAUGAAUUAGAAGAAGUACAGGAGGCAUCAAGGAGUAAGGUUACAGAAUUGAACAACCAUAUUAUGAGGCAGCAGACGGAGUUGAAGAUUAAACAAAAUGAAUUAGAUGAAACUAAAGAAAAAUUUAGAAUGUACAAAGAGCGCAGUCGAGGUGCAUCCAAUAUCUUAGAAAAUGCAGAGAAAUUAAAAGCUGAUCAGAAGAUUAAGGAGCUGGAGCUGAAGCUACAGAGGAUGGAGGAAGAUGGUAUUACAACCAAAGCCAUGAAAAGUCAGUUGACUCAGCUACCAGAACUAGAGAAAGAGGCAAGAAAGCUGAGGGAAGAAAAUAGGUUCUACAGAGAAACAAGUGAAAACACACAUCUUCUAAAAGAGCAGCUGGAGAGUUUGAAGCAGAAAUGUGAGAGAAUGGAAGAAAGAGGACAGGAGCUGGCCAAAUUAAAAGUAGAAAAUGAGGACCUGAAAAACAAGCUUAAACAGUGGGAGUCCCCAGGUGCCCCAGGAGGCUGGAAAGUACAGUCACCAUCACAGCUGUCCCAUUGUAUAGCUGACCUCCAGAACAGCCAGUUGACAAUGCUGGAACAAGAGGGAAAGCUCAAGUCCAGCAUCCACUCUAUGCAAGCCAGUCUUGAGAAUGCUCAAAGUAAACUGAACCAGGUCAGCAGAGAACUAGUGGUAGAACAGAAUAAAUCUACUCAACAGGGGGAGCUGCUCAAGAGACUUCAGAGAAAACUGCUGCUUGUCUCAAAGGAGAGAGAUGGAUACAAGAAAAUCAUCGAAUCCUACGAAAGCGAGGUGACGGUAAAUGUUGGGUCACAGAGCACCACCCGUGUGCAGCAGCUUGAGGCCACAGUGCUGGGAUAUCAGAAACAGUGCGAGGCUUUAGAAGCACAGGCUAACCAAGCUCAGCAACAGCUGGGAGACUGUAGAAUACAGUGCCAACAGUUGGAGCAUAAACUGAGGGUUGCUGAGCAAACCAAAUCUCUGGGCUCUGGGAUAUCAGAAGUUGAGCAGAAAACUAUAUUACAGCUAAGGGAAAAAAUAGCAGGACUUGAGAAACAGUUGGAAAUGGUGUCUGAGGAAAAGGAAAUCCUAGAAGCUAGAAUAGAGCAGAGAAAUUUACAGGGGGACUAUGACCCAACAAAAACAAAGGUGCUCCACUUCUCAAUGAACCCUGCUGCAAUGGCACAAAAGCAACGCCAGGAGGAGCUGGCACAACUACGAGAGGAGAAUAGGAAGUUAAAGGAGAGAGUAAAGCUUCUGGAAACAUCGGGAGGAGUGGUGGAGGAUAUCACACAAAAAGUGGACCAGAACGUACAGCAACCUUCCACUAGUAAAGAAGUUGUUGAUAUCAAAGCACAGCUCUCCACUGCCGAACUGAAGAACAAGCGUUUAAUGGAGGCGUUUAAGAAAACCAGUCAGGAGUUCCGGGAGGUGUGCUACCAGCUGACAGGCUACAAGAUAGACAUUCCCUGUACCAACCAGUACAGGCUGAUGAGCAUGUAUGCAGAGUCUCCUGAUGACUUCAUCGUGUUUCAGCAAACUUCUACAGGAGAAAUGCAGCUUUUGGCCACAGACUUCUCUGCCACCAUGUCACACUUCAUAGAGACUUAUCUCCAGAAAAAUGACAGUAUUCCAGCUUUCUUGAGUAGCGUGACACUAGAUUUAUUCAGCCGCCAGACUCUCAUGCUAUGAUAUCACACUAUUUAGAGACUCGUCUGUAGAUAAAUGAGAGUAUUCCAGAUUUCUGGAGUGUUACUGGACUUGUUCAGACCAUCUUGAAAUGUCAGUGCCAUCUGCUGGGAGGCAGAGCUCUGAUUAAUAAUGCAUUAAAAUCUGCUGGUCGGUCACAUUAACAUUAUUAUAGCAUUAGAUAGCUUGAUUUCAAGAGUUGAAUUCAAAGAUGUUUUUGACAGUCUUUCAUUUGUCAGUAACUUCAAUGAUUUAAGUAUUUCAAAGUGAGAAUGUAUCAAAGUAAUGACUUUUGUACAUACUUCAUAAUUCUCUGAAACUGUAUUUUGGUUUCAAUUUGGUAAGAAACUUAGUUAAAAUGUCAUAAAAUAUAUCCCAUAUUGAUGAAGAGCUAAUUUUUUUGGAUAUUAAAGCAUAUCUUUGCAUGUGGAUGCCAUUAAUUCUUGCUAUUAUCAUUGUGCAUUGUCAGUAGUUCAAGUACAACGCGUCUCAAAAACUUUCUGUAUUCUCUGUGGAGAUCUUAAAAUACUGCAAUCUGAAAACUUUUUGCAUGUUUAAAAAGAAAAUCUAAUCAAAAUUACACAAUCACAGUUGCAUUAUCAACAUUUAUUGCACUUUUACAGGACUAGUUACAUCCUAUAUCAUCUCAUGCUGAGUGACCCUGAAUAAAAAUGAUAUAAUUAACAUUUUUCAAGCUGUGACAAAUUAUAACAUCUAAAGUUUACCUAUUAUUGUGAAUCUGAGCUCCUGAUAGUUUUAUUUUUACCAGCCGUACAGCUUUAAAUUGUUGGUUGAACCAAACAUUUUGCC